GGCUGAAGGUGCGGCGCCAGAAGCGAGCAGCCAUUCGUGUGCUUUGCUGCGGGGAAAUCAAGCUUUUUUUAGCCACCAAAACAUCUACUCCACCACCGGAGACGAGUGACAAAGACCCGAGGGGAGUUUGGAAGAGCUAAGUUGUUCUCCGUGUUAUAAUCAGUCGUCUUUUUGUGACUUAAUCGCCGUUAUUCAGUGUAUUUACAUAACCAGCUUUCCACAAGCCUCGCUGGCGACACCAUUACGCUCAAAUAACAAGUCAGUUACAGUUUGUCUGUUGUACAUCCUUGAUAAGACAAUGUCUACGGAGUGCAGUUGUGUAUAAAUGAUCUGGACCCGCUGAAACAUUUUGUUCUUUUUUUCACCAUUUUGACAAACAAGUUAUACAACCAGGCGGGUUAGCGUUUGCACCGCGCAGGUCCUAACCCCCGCCGGGUUUCCAGUCACGUUGCCGGAGAGCGUCUGUUGACCAAAUGCUUCAGCCUCCAACGCGGUCCAAGUUCUUUGUCACCAUGGAAAAGGUUUUAUUGGAGCAAGGUUAACUCCGCAUAGAUUGAGAUCAUAAACUUCAAUUGUAUUCACACAGUGUUGUGCCUGGACGUUAGCAUACAUUAGCAUACCGCGUAGCUAAGUCUGAGUGAAGAAGAUAACAUUUGAAAACAGAAGAUCUCCAUCCAUUGGAGUGAUGGUCGUUAAUACGAUCCACUGGUUCAGGAAGGGCUUGCGGCUCCACGACAACCCAUCCCUAAAGGAGUCUCUGCUGGGGGCCGACACCGUCCGCUGCAUCUACAUUCUUGACCCCUGGUUUGCUGGCUCGUCCAACGUCGGGAUCAACAGGUGGAGGUUCCUGUUGCAGAGUCUGGAGGAUUUGGACUCCAGCCUCCGUAAGCUCAAUUCCCGCCUUUUUGUGAUAAGAGGCCAGCCCACUGAUGUCUUUCCCAGACUCUUCAAGGAGUGGAAGAUAUCUCGUCUGUCCUACGAGUACGACUCCGAGCCCUUUGGGAAGGAGCGAGAUGCCGCCAUUAAGAAGCUGGCCUCCGAGGCUGGCGUGGAGGUGACGGUCCGCAUUUCCCACACGCUCUAUGACUUGGACAGGAUCAUCGAGUUGAACGGGGGUCAGUCCCCCCUCACCUACAAGCGCUUCCAGACCCUCAUUAGCCGAAUGGACGCUGUGGAAGUGCCCGCCGAAUUCAUCACGGCCGAGAUCAUGGGGAAGUGCUCCACGCCGCUGUCCGACGACCACGACGACAAAUUUGGGGUACCGUCGCUGGAGGAGCUGGGGUUCGACACAGAAGGAUUGUCGUCGGCCGUGUGGCCGGGAGGAGAAACCGAAGCUCUCACACGGCUGGAGAGGCAUCUGGAGAGGAAGGCUUGGGUGGCCAACUUUGAGCGUCCCAGAAUGAACGCCAACUCUCUUCUGGCCAGCCCCACCGGCCUCAGCCCGUACCUGCGCUUUGGUUGCCUCUCCUGUCGGCUGUUUUACUUCAAGCUCACCGACCUCUACAGGAAGGUGAAGAAGAACAGCUCGCCCCCGCUUUCGCUCUACGGCCAGCUGCUGUGGCGCGAGUUCUUCUACACGGCGGCCACCAACAACCCCUGCUUCGACAAGAUGGAGAGCAACCCCAUCUGCGUGCAAAUCCCGUGGGACCGCAAUGCCGAGGCGCUGGCCAAAUGGGCCGAGGGCCGCACCGGCUUCCCCUGGAUUGACGCCAUCAUGACCCAGCUGAGGCAGGAGGGCUGGAUCCACCACCUGGCCCGGCACGCCGUGGCCUGCUUCCUGACACGAGGGGACCUGUGGAUCAGCUGGGAGGAAGGCAUGAAGGUGUUUGAGGAGCUGCUGCUGGACGCCGACUGGAGCGUGAACGCCGGCAGCUGGAUGUGGCUCUCCUGCAGCUCCUUCUUCCAGCAGUUCUUCCACUGCUACUGCCCCGUCGGCUUCGGGCGCCGCACCGACCCCAAUGGAGACUACAUAAGGCGCUACCUGCCCAUCCUGAGGGGAUUCCCGGCCAAGUACAUCUACGAUCCCUGGAACGCUCCGGAGGCUGUGCAAAAGGCGGCCAAAUGCAUCAUCGGCGUGCAUUACCCCAAGCCCAUGGUGCACCACGCUGAGGCCAGCCGCCUCAACAUUGAGCGCAUGAAGCAGAUCUACCAGCAGCUCUCCUGCUACCGAGGCCUCGGUCUGCUGGCGUCUGUUCCCUCCACCUCCAAUGGAAACAGCAACACCAAGCCGUCCUCGGACGUGAUGGGAUACUCGGUUGACGCGCCUCAUGACACCACAGGUCCAUCGGGCUAUCAGAUGCCGGCGCAGUCCCAAGGAGACUGGCAAAGCGGCGUCAUGAUGUACCUGCAGGGGGACUCCCAGAGCAGCAUGGCCGCCCAUCAGCAGGGUUAUGUCAGCGCCGGCAUGAUGUGUUACCCUCAAAGCCGACACAGUCCCGCGCUUCAGAAAGGGCCUGAGCACCACUCCAGCGCUCCCGUGAGCAGCAAGCGUCACUGCGAGGAUUCCGGCAACGGCAAAAGCUCCAAAGUCCAGAGACAUUAGUCUCCAGAAAAAGUUGGAAUCUUCAUGUGGUGCCCCCCACCCCCCUCUAGUAAUGACAAUUCCUGACAUGGCCCAUGCUGACCUCCCCUCGGGCGUACUUUUUUCUUUUGUGGGGAGUUAGCACAAGUCGCGUCAUGCUUGUAAAUAUAAAGAAUUUGCUAAUUCCCACUUGUACAUAUUUGGGUAUUGUGUGUGCAUCCUCUCCCUUUGUGUAGCCAUAGAUCCAUUAUAUAUAUUUUUGAUAUGAGAAAACUUGAUAGUGGAUUCUUUUGGGACAUUUUUUCAAUUAAAAGUUGUCCAUUUGGGGGCGGGGGGACAAAAAAAACAAAGUUACAAAAUCUUGUAAAGUCCAUAAAGCAGCUUCAUGUCCAAUUCAUCUCCCUCUGUUUGAGCCUAUUUAACAGCUAAAUGUUGGCAAGAAUUGUUGAUUAAGUUCAGUGCUUGUAGACUUGCUUGUGUUCCCACUGUAGAUGCAACAUCACCACAAAGCAACCCAACCGCCAGUGUAUAACCCAAAGAACUGCUACAUCGGCUUCAUGGUUCUUUCGAUGUGCUCGUUUCAUUAAAAUGACUUCAACACACAGA